AUGGAGUCACCGAGGCCUUUCGCCUCCGAGUGGCGCUCUCAGCCGCUUCCAGUGUCGCUGGGUGAUUUGAAUCUGUGGCUCUGUGAGCUCUGGCUUCUCCUACUGAGUUCCGGUUUGAAUGCGAGAUUUUUGCCACUCGAAGAGGACGUAGACUUUAUCAAUGAGUACGUGAACCUUCACAAUGAACUCCGGGGCAACGUCAUUCCCCGAGGGUCUAACUUGCGCUUCAUGACAUGGGAUGUAGCAUUGUCACGGACUGCUAGAGCAUGGGGGAAAAAAUGCUUGGUUACACCUAAUAUUUAUUUGGAAGACCUAAAUAUGGCCCAUCCUAGAUUUAAUGGUAUUGGAGAAAAUAUCUGGAUUGGCCCUGAGAAUGAAUUUACUGCAAGUAUUGCUAUCAGAAGUUGGUAUGCAGAAAAGCAAAACUAUCAUUAUGAAAAUGAUAGUUGUACUUACGAAUGUUCUCAUUAUUUGCAGCUUGUUUGGGACAAUUCUUACAAAGUUGGCUGUGCUGUCACUCCAUGUUUAAGAAUUGGACAUAUUAAACAUGCAGCAGUUUUCAUAUGCAACUAUGCACCAGGAGGAACUCUGAGGAGAAGACCUUAUAAUCAUGGAUUAUUUUGUACUGAAUGUGGCAGCACAGAUACAUGCACAGAUUAUUUAUGCAGUAAUGCGGAUCGUGAUGAAGUCAUAUAUUAUCGAUUUUGGUAUCCAAAGUGGGAAGUGCCCAGGCCAAUUGUGUGUGAUCCACUUUGCAUAUUUAUUUUACUGUUGAGACUAGUGUGUUUUAUACUGAGUACCAUACUAGUUUUGAUGAUACAGUACCGCUUUCCAAAUAUCUUAUUGGAACAACAGAUGACAUUUACCCCUGAUGAAUCUGAAAUAGAGGAAGAAAGGGAGUCAAAGGAACAGAAAAUGAAGGAAGUGAAAGAAAAAAAGGGGAAAGAGGAAGAGAAGAGGGAAGCGGAAGAGGAAAGAGAAGAGAAAGAAGAGGAGGAAAGAGAAGAGAAAGAAAAGGAGGAAAAAGAA